ACCUUAAGUCGGUAUGUGAGUUGACUGUAACUUUUCUAUCAGCUCUGCCGUCGUGAAGUGGCUAAACAGCAGAGAGCACAUUCCUGAUUUUCAAUUAUUUUGCCUUUCUUGAAUUAUGAAGAAGAUGAGGGUUUUUGCAAUGGCUGUUAUUAGCAGGGGAUUUGCUGCAAACAAGAGAGGUACUGUAACUUCUCCACUCUCUUUUCUCUCUUCAUCUUUUCAUAAUCUCACCCAUAAGAAUAUGCCCUUUUCUCCAAACCCCAGAAUAGAUUUCAGUUGUAUUCAUGAUGUAGAUGAUGCUGUUUUCUUGUUUCGUCAAAUGCUCAGAAUGCGCCCGCAGCCUUGUGUUGUUGAGUUUAAUAAACUAUUGACUUCUAUUGUCAAGAUGAAAAAAUACUCUGUUACCCUUAAUGUAUUCGACGAAAUGCGUCAAUCGGGUGCCCUUGUAGACGAGUGUACAUUGAAUAUCGUGAUUAAUUGCUAUUGCCUUCUCAAUCGAGUAGACUUUGGAUUUGCUAUCUUGGGCAGUUUCUUCAAGUGCGGUUACAAGCCAGAUGUCACUACUUUCAACACACUUAUAAAAGGGCUCUUUUUAGGUGAUAAAGUCGUCGAGGCAGAAAAAUUAUUCAAAAAGUUAUUGAUGCUGAAACUCUGUGAACCUGAUGAAGUUACUAUUCUUACUGUGAUAAAUGGGCUAUGCAAAGCUGGACACACUCUCACUGCAUAUGAUUUGCUUCGGUUAUUUGAAAAGACAAGUUUCAAACCUGAUGUUAAAACUUAUAGCACAGUAAUUGAUAGUUUGUGCAAGGAUCGUAUCGUUGAUGAUGCACUCCAGCUCCUAGCCAAAAUGAUUGACAAGGGCAUUUCACCCAAUAUUGUCACAUAUAGUUCUAUACUUCAGGGUUUGUGCAAUUUCGGUAGAUGGAAAGAGGCGAAAGACUUAAUUACUGUAAUGGUGGAUCACAAGAUAUCUCUAGAUGCGGUUACUUUCAAUAUAUUGGUGGAUGCAUUUUGCAAGGAAGGACUGGUCAAAGAGGCUGAGGAUGUUGUUGAAAUUAUGAUGCAAAGAAACAUUUCUCCUAAUGUUGUCACGUACACUACUCUCAUAGAUGGUUACAGCUUGGUUGGGCAAAUUGAUAAAGCAAGAAAAGUAUUCGACUCCAUGCCAGGUAAAGGUUUGAAGCCUUGUAUCAUUAGCUAUAGUAGCUUGAUCAAUGGAUAUUGCAAGAAUGGAAAGGUAGAGGAAGCUUGGGCCCUUUUCCUCGAAGUUCGUCGUAAAGGGUUAGAUUACAAUGUUGUUACCUAUAGCACCAUGCUGCAUGGAUUAUUUUGUGCAGGUAGAUGUGCUGAUGGAUUGAAGCUUUUCAAAGAUAUGCAAGAUCAUCAACUAAUUCCGAAUUUAGUGACUUACAAUACCUUGUUGAAUGGCUUGUGUAUGAACAAGCAGAUUGUUGAAGCAUUUUCUUUCCUACACAUAAUGGAAGAACAAGGUGUUAAUCCUAACAUAACUACUUACAGUAUACUCAUCCAUGGAUUAUGCAAGGAUGGAAAAGUUGAGAUUGCCAGAGAUCUUUUCAAUAGCCUCCCUUGUAAAGGUUUGCGACCUAAUGUUCAAUUAUAUAAUAUCAUUAUUGGUUCACUGUGUCAAGAAGGACAUGUAGAGGAGGCAAAAUGUUUGUUUGUGGAAAUGGAAAAAAGUGGUUGUGCACCUGAUAGUGUGACAUAUAACGUUUGUAUCCAAGGUCUGCUUAAAAGAAAGUUACUUGCCGAGGCAAAGGCGCUCUUGGAUGAAAUGCACAAACGAGGAUUCUCACCCGAUUCAACUACUGUGUCUCUAUUCCUUGAUCAACAACAAGAAGAAGGUUUGAGAUAAUAUUUCUAUGAAAGUUUUGAAUGCUAAUGUAUCAUGCAAAAAGCAUAUCUUGAAACCCUCUAUAUUUGAGGGUUAUGAUGAUUGUUUGAGGAAACAUGCUAUUACCAGCACCGGCUCUGUCUCCAUUGCUUCAGCAUCAUUGACAACUUUAUUUUCUGAAUGUCGGUGUGAGCUUGAUUUUUAUUGUGUCAGAAAAUGAAAAUACGAGAAAUUUAUCACAAAUAGAAAUAUGCAUUCGAUAGGUAAAAGUGGACACAAUUUUUAUCUAAUUCUCUGAUUCUUCUCUUCAAAGCAAUAUCCUGUAGAUUUGAUAAAUUCAAAAGGUAAAUCUUCUUGUAGAUUUCCUUUGAAUUUGAAUUCUUAUAACAUUAAUUCAAAGGCCCGGGAUUGUGAUCCCAAAUUAAACGUCAUAGUCUUGACUUGAGAUUGGAGGAUUUGAAAGUUUGCCACUUGGAUCUUGUUGAGAACAUAUCUGUAUAUUUAUUAUGUUAAUUCUAGGGUUUAACGCUUGUAAUCCCCAACUAAAUGCUAUAACUUGUUGUGCACCUUCGACG